GCGUCUCUCCAUCCUCCGUCCUGUGCUGUGUGCUCCGUGUAAUUAUGUGACAUGAACUUACAUAGCAGAUAGCAGCCUACAGGGAGGUUUGGAUAUCUGUGUACCAUAGCAGAAGGGACUACUUUGACCCUAGAACGGAUUUAAGAUGGAUGUCGCAGAUUAAAAAAAAGGAAGUAAGGACUGUUAGAGCAGUAUUAUAGGGGCAGCAGGAGAGAAAUCAGCAAUGAACUCGAUAUGCUCCUUCAGACACGCUAUCAGAAGGAAGCCAUGGUGUGUGUUUGAACUUUCCACCUUCCAGCCCGUUAAAGUCCGAGUGCUUCCUGGGGACAAGGAAAGGAGGCAACACUGAAUUCUGUGUGUAAAAGGGAAGACAAGCACAAUAAACCACACAGGAUUACACCAAGUUUCCAAAAACUGAGAACAUCAUCCUCUACAGGCCAGCCUUCAUAGACUAUGGUGGACAUUACAAAUCUCCCUUUUCUGGCCCACCCAGGAGAGGCAAUGGAGCAUUAAAUCACAUGCUCCUUCAAGAGUGAUCACAACCCAAACCUGCAGAAACUUAAUUCUCCUGUGUUCGAGGUGCCCUUGAAUCCUUUCUGGGAGCUCAGAGCACCAUAUUCUUCCCCAGUAAUUUGCUUAUCUCAGUCAAAGGAAGUGCUCUGAUAAAAGUCAGAAACAAUUCACGUUUUUCCGGUGAGUUCCCGAAAAAAGAGACCCAACCACGGCCCACUGGAGGGUCUCAGAGAAGCCUUUGGGGAACGUUGACUUUGAGAAGAAGAUUGCUGCAGUGACGGAGGUGAUGGGUAACAAGAACGCCAUCCCGCCAAAAGGUCCUGACACUGGGACUGCACAGAAAGAGGAAGGGCUUUGCAUCGACAGUUCUACAGGAAGGGUCUCUGGAGAUGGACCGCCAGGCCCCAGCCCAGAGCUGCUUGCCUCCCUGCAGUCCCUCAGAGAAAACACUGACUAUACACUGCUGCCACACUCCCUGCACCAGAUCGCAGAGGCCUACUCGCUCAAAGAGGACUACCAGUGGGCCAUCCAGUUCCUACAGCUGGAAAAGCUCUACCAUGAACGUUUGCUGUCCAACCUUGCCGCCCUGCAGGAGAACUGGGAGAGCCAGUGGAGGGAGAAGAAGAAUGCUGAGAGCAGCCUGCCCGCUGAGACAGACGGCAUCAGUCAGAAACACAUUGAGACCCUGAGCCAGAUCUGCAGGACACACCUCAGACCAUCCACCAGUGUGGGACAGCUAUGUUUGAUUCAACAGAACACGCUGAAUACGACUCUGAAAGACGUUCAGAGCGAGAACGAGACACUACAGCCCUGUCAUGAUAAAGUCAAUAGUCCUGAAACACACCAGGAUGAAGAACAAGAGCAAAGCACAAAGAGCUCAGAAUCAGAGCAGACAGGUCAUCGGGAGGGAGGUGAGGAGGAGGAGGAGGAGGAGGAAGGAGCAGAAGAAGAGACGUAUGAGGAAGGGCAAGAAGUAGAGGAGGAGGAGGAGCCGUGUGGGGAGACACCAGAGGAGGAAGAGGUGAAGGUGGAGUGGCCAACAGGAGUCCCCCAGGCUUCAGACAAGGACCUGGCUAAGCUGUCCCACACAGAGGGGAGUUCCUCCCCUGAUGGUCUUGUCUCCAUUCUGAAGAGGAGGAGAGCAUCUCUGGAUGGAUUGCCUCCCCCAAGCAACAACAUUACUAAACAGAACUCCAAACGCAAAGUUCGCUUCAGUGAGCCGGAGGACGGCAUUGAGCAAGAUGAGGUAGGUGGAGAUUCCUGCCUGAUCCUACUGCUGCUGUGUCUGGUUACCGUGGUGAUCAGCAUAGGCGGGACCGCCCUCUACUGCACCCUGGUGGACACUUACUCCAACAUUUGCACCGACUUCACUCACAACAUCGACUUCUACAUCACAAACGCACGGAGGUUCUUUGAAGGGCUCGGACACUGGCUGCCCCUCCGGACUUAGACACUUUCAUCUGAGUUUCAGACAUUUGUACUUACUGUAAUGGACAAUGUAAAAUAGAGAGUGAGGAUGAGAGAGUUCCUGAGUACGACUCGAUUCUGCAGUUUGAAGUCAGCGUGACAGGCGUGGAUCUGAUGCUGCCAAGUCUUUAAAGCUUUGACUUCUCCUACAGUAACUGGAGUCUUUUAUAAGACGUAUGAACCUGACCUGUCAGUCCAAGAUUUAUGUAUAACUAAUGGGUGCUCAAAGCAACACCAAACAGUAGAAACUGUGAGAAAUCACAAGCGUGCAUGUUGUGGGAUCAGAGUUUAAAAACUCUACUCUACUUUUCUUUGUGUGGAUAUUUCACCUCAAGCUGAGCCUUACAGAGGGCUCACAACUCUCAACAAUAUUUUUAUUUUUAACAGAAGUAGUUUAUCUGUGUACUAGUGGUUCCCUCACAUUUGUAGCAGUCGUAGCUGUGUAUACAUUUGUCUUUUGUUCCUGUUUUAUUUUGUCUUAUACAGAGAGAAGCGAUCAUUAGAAUCAUAGCGUCGUGUGUUGUUCUUUUGAAAUAUUAAUGGACCGAAUGAUGAUUUAUAUUUUUUAAUUUUAAACUCAUGUUACCAUUUCCUUUUGUUCUGUUGACCCAUCUCUGUUGAAUGAAUAUACUGUAGGGCUGUACACAUAUAUCGGACACUUCAUACAGCACAACGACAAAGAUUUAUAUUAUUUUGAAAGAUCCUGAUUUCAGAUACAGCCUUCACAGCCUUUACUACAUGAUACUUGUGUUUACCUCAAUACAAGUGAUUACUCCUAACAUUCCUCUAUCAUCUCAAUAUGAGCAGUUCAAAGAGACGCACUGUACUGCAUGUGAUACAGGUACGUACAAAGUGUCCUAUUAAAAACAAAGCACAGUAUCAUGAAACAGUCUGCAUGAAUGAUGCUGUAUGUGUAGAUUCAGGAAGAGUGUGGCUCCUGGUAUGAAAUAUCAAGUCUACCACCUGAUAACACAAUAAAUUUCAGUGUAGGGUUAUCAGUAUGCAAUACAGUAAUUUAACAGCCUCUCCACAAUCUCAGGCUCUGACCCUGUAUUUAUACUUUUGGUGCUCAAUGUUUUCACGUUCACCGUUAAGUGUGUUAACCCUAAAAUUCCUGCACUACAUCUGGAUUUAUGAUCAUAUCUACUCUACUCCUCUAGUGUGCAAACAGCUACAUUGUGACAAUAUAAACCCAACGCAGAGAGGAAAAACAUUUGGAUUGUGUGUGACACCAGAUCACAUUCAAAAACAAGCAGAAAAACAGGUUUUAAAAAACUGCAGAUGAAGUACAUUUCUGUGAACAAAACUAAUUUAUCUUUCUCAAAGGUACCUAUCUAUAUGUUCCAUUUGGUGAUAUGCACAAUCCUGAGCUUUCUUUGAUCUGCAUUGGGAGUUUCAUAUCUAGUGUAUAUGCUGUCUUUGUAUCAUUUUGUCCAAUAGCUUUAUGGGCCAACUGUUGUGUUUCCUGUCUGGCAGAAGUAAUAAAAUAGAAAAUACACCUGUUAAAACUGCAUUUAAUUGAAACCGAGUAAAUUAAAUUUGAUCAGCAUGUUCCUUUUUUUCACUGCCUUGUAUUGAUAUUUUUUACAGAUUUUACCUAUCCUCCUGAACUCCCAAAGUUUGCGAAGAGAUGAAUGUUCUUCUGUAUUGUCACUGUGGAUAUUGCAUUAUGCAAUCCACCUUUAUAUGUUUUAAUAUUUAUGUUCAGUUGUGUCCACAAGGGAAUACAAAAUAUAUUGAUUAAUGA